CCAUUUCUUACAAUCGAUUUCUAAUUGCAACCGAAUCGAGUUAUACGUUCCAAUUUUCGGUUGAGCCGAAAAACCGAAAACCAUUUCUUACCCAACAACGGAAACAGCCACACCCAAACUUCACUCCGUAAGUCCAAACUCCAAAUCGCAGCUUCCUCCCCGUUUCCUUUUUAUCCCAGCAGAAAGGGGACUCGAGAUCCCGAUCAGCCCAACCCCCACCGCCCGUUGUCGACCGACCGAGUGAGCGACUCGGUACCUCACAGCGAUGGAUCCGGCGAGCACGCCACUCGGUAAAAUGCUCUUGGAGGAGAUCACUCCGGUGGUCAUGGUGCUCCGUACGGAUUCCGUCGAAGAAGCCUGCGUUAAGAACGGGCUUUCCUUCGUCGAAAUGCUCAGCCCCUUCUGUAACUUCAGCAAUAUCGACGUUCCUUUGCGCACGUCGAGUGAUCAGCCCUACAGGUUGCGCAAGUUCAAGCUGCGGCUGGUUUAUGAGUCGGAUGUCCACCAGCCAAAUGUGGAGGUAGCAAAGGAGCGAUUGAAGCAGGUAAUCACCAAGGCAGGGGAGAAAGAGAAUUCCGAGUUGUCCUCUGACCCACCUCAAGUCAGUAAUUUACUCGAUAGCUCCAAAUCUGAGCUUUUACCCUCGUGGUUUGAAUACCUUAACAAGGAGCUCAUACGGGCGGCCUCCUUCUCAGAGCAUGAAACCUUUGACCACCCUGUGGCAUGUCUUUUAGUUGUGUCAUCAAUGGACGAGCAGCCUAUUAACAGAUUUGUUGACCUCUUCAACACUAACAAGCUACCCUCACUUCUAAAUGAUGGUGCAAUGGAUCCGAAGAUCUUGAAGCAUUACUUAUUGGUGCAUGACAAUCACGAUGGGUCUUCAGAAAAGGCUUUGAAAAUCCUUUCAGAAAUGAAAAGUACAUUUGGUACAAAUGAGUGCCACUUACUUUGCAUUAAUUCUUCACAAGAUGCAACAAUGGAACACCAAGAUGAUCCCUGGGCUUCUUAUAAAAAUGAUGCUUCCCCUGUUCAGCACCUUGGUUGUUGCCUUGAUGUUGAUGAUACUAGCGCGUUAAAAGAUCUGAUGCAUGAGUUUUCAUCUAAAAAUGUGAUCCCAUAUAUGGAGCAAAAAGUUCGUAUACUUAAUCAGCAGGUAUCUGCUACAAGAAGGGGCUUUAGAAACCAAAUCAAGAACUUGUGGUGGAGAAAAGGAAAAGAUGACCCAAAUGAAAUGCCUAGUGGUUCCAUGUAUACCUUUAGCUCUAUCGAGUCACAGAUUAGAGUUCUGGGAGACCAUGCUUUCAUGUUGCACGAUUAUGAACUUGCAUUAGCCAACUAUUCCCUCAUAUCAACAGAUUAUAAACUUGAUAAGGCUUGGAAGCGCUAUGCGGGAGUGCAGGAAAUGAUGGCCCUUGCAUAUUUCCUUCUAGAUCAAUCAAGGAAGGAGGCAGAAUAUUGUAUGGAAAAUGCAUUUAACACUUAUCUGAAACUUGGGUCUUCAGGUCAGCAAAAUGCAACACGUUGUGGUCUUUGGUGGAUAGAAAUGUUAAAGACAAGAGAUCAGUAUAAAGAGGCGGCCUCAGUGUAUUUCCGCAUUUGUAGUGAGGAACUGUUACAUUCAGCUGUUAUGCUUGAGCAAGCAUCGUACUGCUACUUGUUCUCUAAACCACCCAUGCUAUACAAAUAUGGAUUUCAUCUUGUGCUUUCUGGUGAUCGCUAUAGGAAAACUGAUCAGGUUAAACAUGCAAUUCGCACAUACAGAAGUGCUCUCUCUGUUUAUAAGGAAACCACUUGGAGCUACAUCAGGGAUCAUGUUCAUUUCCAUAUCGGGCAGUGGUAUGCCCUUCUUGGUUUGCAUGAUUUGGCUGUGAAGCACAUGUUGCAAGUCCUGGCAUGUAGUCAUCAGUCUAAAGCAACUCAGGAGCUAUUCCUGCGGGACUUUGUCCAAAUCUUUCAGGAAGCAGGCAAGACAUUUGAGGUUCCAGGACUUCAGUUGCCUGUGAUUGACAUCUCAUCACUCAAGGUUGUUUUUGAAGACCAGCGGACCUACGCAUCAUAUCCUGCGGCCAGUGUCAAGGAAAGUUUGUGGCGAUCAUUAGAGGAGGAUUUGAUUCCCUCAUUGCCUGGUGCUAGGACUAACUGGCUGGAUGUGCAAACAAAGCUUAUGCCAAAGAGACUCAGAGAAUCAAAUGUCUGUGUGGCUGGAGAGGCAAUAAAGGUGGUUGUUGAAUUUACGAACCCACUGCAGGUCCCUAUCUCCAUCUCUAAUGUGUCUUUGAUAUGCGAGCUUUCACAAUCAGAGGAAGAUAAAUCUGACACGAAUGCCUCGACCUCUGAACUUGAAAAUGAUGAAGACCAUCAAAGGGUUGUGAUGUCUGACAGUGCUUCAGUUAUAUUGUCUGAGAUUGAUUACUCACUAGGCGGUGGUGAGAAGAAGUUGGUGGAACUGACAGUUACUCCUAAAAUGGAAGGCACACUAAAACUUGUUGGUGUCAGGUGGAAAUUUUCAGGGUGUGUUGUUGGGUUUUACACUUUUGAGUCCAUACUUUUGGUGAAGAAAAUCGCAAGGGGGAAGAGGAAAGCGAAGCAAUCACCUCUCAAUGAUCUGAAGUUUGUAGUAGUCAAGCCAGUACCAAAGCUUGAGGGUCACAUUCAUGCUUUUCCAGAAAAGGCACAUGCUGGACAUCUACAGCCUCUCAUUUUGGAGUUGAAGAACCAAUCAGACUGUUCUAUAAAGAAUCUCAAGAUGAAGAUAAGUCAUCCUAGAUUCCUUAGUAUAGGGAAUAAAGAAGUUCCCCAUGUGGAUUUUCCUGCUUGCUUAGAGAAGCGACCAGACAACAAACAAAGUGGCACACAUGCUAAUCUAAAGAAGCCGUCUGAAGGUGUUUUCCUGUUUCCCGAGGAUGUUGCAAUAAAAGGAGACAAGCCAUUAUUGUGGCCCCUUUGGCUUCAUGCUGCUGUUCCUGAAAGUGUCCCGCUAUACAUAAUAAUAUACUAUGAGAUGGAGGAUACAUCUAGUGUGAUGAAAUACCGUACUCUGCGGUUGCACUAUAAUUUGCAGGUGUUGCCAUCAUUGGAUGUUUCGUUUAAAAUCAGUCCUUGCCCUUCAAGAUUGCAAGAGUUCCUCGUGCGGAUGGAUGUUGUCAAUAAAUCUAGUGCACAGAGUUUCCAGGUCAGCCAGCUGUCUUCCGUUGGAGACAACUGGGGAAUUUCAAGGCUUCAAACGAUAGAUGGAAUCAUACCUUCACAAUCUUUGGCUGUUGGCCAGGCAUUCUCAUUUUUCUUUAUGCUCAAGAGUCGUAGGCAAUCAUUGGUGGAUGCAGCAGGUCAUGUCCCGGAUCUCUUUCCUGAUAUCGGAAGUGAUGUCAGAUUGUGCCCUGAGAGCUUGAAAGAGCCCCUUGUUAACAUAACCCACUCACCUCUGUCCGAUUUCCAUGAUUCCGAAAGAUCACAACACGGAAUCCGUAAUCAGGAAGAUGACAAUACGGUGGACUUCAUCUUGAUUUCUCGGCCACUAAAAUCUGAUAGGAAUUCAGAAGAAGCUUCUGAUCAACCUCAACUCUUCUCCCAUCAUGCGUGUUACUGCAGGCAAUACUCCUUGCUCCCAUCCUCAAAUGCUGAUAAUUUAUCUGAACAGAAAACCGCUAGCACAAGCCCAAUAUCUUGGACAAUGAAUGGACCUCGAACCAAAUACCACAACUUUUCAUCUUCGUUCUGUGAGAUAAGUCUGCGGAUGACCAUCCACAACUCGUCAGAUGUCAUUGCAUCUAUAAGCAUCAACACGGCUGAUUCUGCAGGCCAAUCAGAUGCACUACCUUCGCCACGCGGAUGGCAGCCUGUGGUUGCAGACACUAAGGUCGCUUCACCUAAAGUUUCUGUAGCUGUAGCCGGGAAUUCGGCAGAGUUGCCGUCAUCGGAACCUGUCGCCUCCCCGGUUUCCCCGUUCAUCUGGUCCGGCUCAAGUUGCAGUAACGUCCAGCUUGAACCCAGUUCCUCCACGGAUGUUCCAAUGCAAAUAUGUGUCUUCUCCCCCGGCACUUAUGAUCUGUCGAGCUAUGUUUUGAAUUGGAAUCUGAGAAAGGAUGGCGGUGGCAAUCAGUUGGAGGCAAAGGAAAAGAAGCCUGAAGAGAUGAGGAAACUGUGGGGGAGUUGCUCAGGAUAUCCGUAUUUCUUGACGGUUCUUCAAUCUGUCUAGUGCAGGAACUUGGAAUGUACUUGUCCACUUUUUUUCCUUCUCUAGGUUGGUUCUGGUUAAGUGGUUUAUGAUUUUUGUAGUUUUACAUGUAUAAUAUUUUUAUUUCCUCUUCCAAUUUCCGUGUAACGCAAAAGUAGGAAGGUUUUUACCUUUUUUUGGAAUCAGGACUGCAGUUUGUCAAAUGGAAAAACUGGAAAAGUCAAGAAGGGAAAUCUAGUUUGUCAAAUAGGAACCGAGGUCAUUCAUUUUGGCAGGGAGAAAAACAUUACGAUACUAAGAAAAAUAAAGUGAAAUUCAGGUAUUGUCUAAUUUUGUUGUAAUUUUUUAUUAUCAGGGUGUUUCUAGGUGAGCUCUCUUUAAUUGAACUAGAAAAUUAGCCCGCGCUCUGCGGCGGAAUAUGUAUGAUUCGUUGUAUGAUAGAUUGAUGGUUCUUAAUUAAGAAGGUUAGCGAUUGAGGCAUGAAACUAUUUUUAAUUGUUAAUUUGAAAUAAAAUCACUUCUGCACUUUUCUGCAGCAGCUGAUACCAUA